CGCAGUCGGCGCGGACGCCGUGCCUGCGCGUGGAGUCGCCAUUUUGCUCGUGAGGACGUCGUGUGUAGCGCCGCGCUGUCUUCCUCCGGCAGCCGAGGCUGCGGCGGGGCCAGGGCUGGGGUCGGGACCAGGAGGACUUUUGUUGUCAGAGAAUAACAGGAGGUUGUCCAUAAUUGACUCCAAGCAGCAAACAAAACACUGAGCUCUUUAGCUCCACCUUUCUUGCUCUGAGAAUUGGAAAACCAAGAAGGUUUUGAUGUUUUGUGUGGCGCCACCUGAAUUAGAAACUAAGAUGAACAUAACCAAAGGAGGUCUGGUGUUGUUUUCAGCAAAUUCUAAUUCAUCCUGUAUGGAGCUGUCAAAGAAAAUUGCUGAGCGGCUGGGGGUGGAGAUGGGCAAAGUGCAGGUUUACCAGGAACCUAACAGAGAAACAAGAGUACAGAUUCAAGAGUCUGUGAGGGGUAAAGACGUGUUCAUCAUCCAGACCAUCUCAAAGGAUGUGAACACCACCAUCAUGGAGCUUCUGAUCAUGGUAUACGCAUGUAAGACCUCAUGUGCCAAGAGCAUCAUCGGCGUGAUCCCCUACUUUCCUUACAGCAAGCAAUGCAAGAUGAGAAAAAGGGGCUCCAUUGUCUCCAAAUUGCUGGCUUCCAUGAUGUGUAAAGCAGGCCUAACACAUCUCAUUACUAUGGAUUUACACCAGAAGGAAAUUCAGGGCUUCUUCAACAUUCCUGUUGAUAAUUUAAGAGCAUCUCCCUUCCUACUACAGUACAUUCAGGAAGAGAUCCCAGAUUACAGGAAUGCAGUCAUAGUGGCCAAGUCUCCAGCCUCAGCCAAGAGGGCGCAGUCUUUUGCAGAGCGCUUGCGCCUGGGAAUUGCAGUGAUCCACGGAGAAGCUCAGGACGCCGAGUCGGACCUCGUGGACGGGCGGCACUCCCCGCCCAUGGUCAGGAGCGCCGCCGCCAUCCACCCCAGCCUGGAGAUCCCCAUGCUGAUUCCUAAAGAAAAGCCCCCGAUCACGGUUGUUGGCGAUGUUGGAGGGAGGAUCGCCAUCAUUGUGGACGACAUCAUUGAUGAUGUGGACAGUUUUCUCGCUGCAGCAGAGACCUUGAAGGAACGAGGUGCAUAUAAGAUAUUCGUGAUGGCGACUCAUGGCUUGUUAUCCUCUGAUGCCCCACGGCUGAUUGAAGAAUCUGCUAUUGAUGAGGUGGUUGUUACCAAUACAAUCCCACAUGAAAUCCAGAAGCUCCAGUGCCCCAAGAUCAAAACUGUGGACAUCAGCAUGAUCCUUUCAGAAGCCAUCCGUCGCAUUCACAACGGGGAGUCUAUGUCUUACCUUUUCAGAAACAUAGGCUUGGAUGACUGAACCACAUUCCUGUGUCAGAACUCCCAAGGGCCAAACUGGAAGCCUGGGCAUGAGUGCUGGGGGAUAUGAUGCCUGGCCAAGUACACUUGACUUGACUGGCCAGGGCGUUUCCUCCCUCCCUUCCUCUCUCCACGCCUUCUUUCCUGGCUGAUGUUUGCAAAGGUAGACAGACCAACUUUUCAUGUUAGUUUGGGUUUUUGUGAAAUUGGGGGGCAGUUUUUAUAAAAGAAAAACCUCCUUAGAUAAAAUGAGUUAAAACCCAAUUGUUUUACUGUAACCAUUGAAAAAAAGUACACUUGGGAUAAGAUUUUUAAACUUACAGUUGUUUUUUUUCCCAAAGUUGCUUGAUUCAAGUGUUCAAAAUAGUUAAUGAGAAAAUGAACUGCUGUCUGAAAUUUGUGGGUGAAAAGCCACUUGUUGAUUCCAGUGGGUGACAUUUUUAGAAAUGCUUUUCUAGACAAGCAUAUGGGAUAUGUGGUUGUAUUUAUUUUCUGCAACAAAAGGAAGAAUAAAAACUUGGCAUUUUUAAAA